UGGCAGUGCCUGACUCCGCCCUGCCUACAGCGCCAGCCAGCCUUGGAUGGAAAGACUUACAGACUGAUGACUGACUGAAGGCAAAAGAAAUUGGGUCGAAAUAAUCAUUGGCAGCAUGGAAGAGGAUCUGUGCUUGAGCAAAGCCUGAAGCCAUCUCCAGUUUGGAGCAGGUGCUGUGGGCACUCUCCAGGAGGAGCGUUUGCAGACAGCUUUCAAAACUGCACUCAGCUGCCCAGCUCUGCGCACUUGCCCACCCUGAGCAGGUCCAGUCUUUUUUUUUUUUUUUUUUUUUUUUUGACUGGUUCCUGGCAUUUCUUCCCUCUCCCUGCUCCAGACACGUUGGAGAGCACCUUAUCAGUUUUGAGCUACAGGGCACAGAAUAGACUGCCUGUUUGUCUGUGGCCUCAACUUGCCCUCUCUCUUUUUUGAGAGCCUCCUGGGCAAGUAGCUCAGGGACCUUGCGGUCCACUAAAGGCACUGGGAUGGAUGCCCCAACCACAGAAUUGCCCCAAGGGGCUUUCCAGAGUCCUGGUACCAUGAGCUACGGGGACGAGCUGACUCCAGAAGCUCUGAGUGUACCUAGUGGUUUUGAUGACUUGAUAACCUCCACCACCUCCCAGGUGCUUCAAGCCGCAUCUAAAGCUGCAUCUGCGGUGGGGCGUGCUGGCCAGAAUGGCAUGCUGUCCACUAGGGAUAAGUUGCCAGACCAUAUGCCAAAUUCAGGUGACCUGGCCGACACGUCAGGUCCCCUAGAUUUGGAAAUUGUAUCCCAGGAUGAUCAGGUGCAAUUCUGGUUAGUGGUAGGGUACACCAUAGUGGUCUUUGCUGCCAUCAUAGGCAACUGGGUCUUAAACCACAUAAUUAUGAAGUACAAGAGGGUACACACUGCCACCGGCCUCUUCGUUGUCAACAUUUCGGUGACCAACAUGAUGCUUGCUCUUCUCAGCUCUCCCUUUACUAUGGUGCGCUAUCUGUGUAAUUCCUUGGUGUUUGGAAAGAUGACAUGUCACCUCAGUCGCUUUGCCCAGUACUCAUGUGCCUAUGUAACUGUGAUGAGUAUGGCAGCUAUUUCUGUGGAUCGACAUCGGGUGAUGCUAUAUCCUUUGAAGUCCCGGAUUAGCCCCAUGCAAGGCAAUGUUUGCAUCAUUAUCAUCUGGAUUGUGAGCACCUGUGCUGCUUUGCCACAUGCAGUUUACCAGAAGCUUUACCAAGUGGAAAUUGGAAACACAACUGAGGAAUCCGCUUGCCUCCCAAGUUUCCCAUAUACUUCAAAAUCCACAUGGAAAUACCUUGACCUGGGCACCUUUCUGCUCUUUUUCAUCUUGCCUUUGCUGGUGCUGGUGGCUGUCUAUGGCCAUGUGGCUAAAAAGCUAUGGAUCCAUGAUGCUGUUGAUGACAUCAAUAUCCACACUUACAUCUGCCAGCGUGGGAAGAAGAAGCAGACCCUGAAGAUGCUGAUGACAGUGGUGCUUCUCUAUACUAUCAGCUGGCUCCCCCUUAACAUCUACCUGGUGCUACUAUCCAGUGAAUCCAUCUCAAGCCACAAUGGUCUCUACUUUUUCCUCCACUGGCUAGCAAUUAGUAGUUCCUGCUACAAUCCCUAUAUCUAUUGCUGGCUCAGUGAUAGCUUUCGUAUUGAAGUUCAGAAGGUCAUUAUGGAAAUCCAGAAGAUGCUUUUAGAUAAAAUCAGCCGCCUCAGGGGAGAGCAUCGCCGACUGAGCUCUGUAUCUCAUACCCACCCACCUGCUUCUGUGGAUCCCAAUCCAGGAGUGCCCAAAUUCCCACGAUUCAAAGAUUUUGAUGAGCUGCCCAGUCCCCCUCCCUCUCCAGCAGUGGAAAUCUCCUUUCUCCACUCAGUGCCUAGAGUUUAAGCUGCCCAGACCGCAAUUGACUAUCAGUUCUCAAAAUAUCUAAGCUUAUGGAAAAUUUCAACUCAACAGAAGAGAGGAGGAGGAGGAGGAAGAAGAAGAAGAAGGGAUACCUCGUCCUGUCACUGCCAUUAGUCUGGAUACAAUGUUAUUAGAGUUCUUUGGACAGCAUCCAUGAUUGCAUGUAUCAAGAUGAUACCAGAAUGAGAAUGGAACUUGUGGUCCUCCUCAGUUUCCUCUCUUCUUCUUUGCCUCUUCCUCAGUAUCCUUGGCCUCCCCCUGGUCUUUCCUUACCCCUUCCUAGCCUUUGUCCAUUUCUUCUUGUUUGUUCCUGUUCCGACUUCUAUUCAUCCUUCUCCUCUUUCAUUUCCUUCUCUACUUCCAUCUCUUUCUCACUGUUGUCUUUCUUUCUGUUAUAAAAAUCUCAACAAUAACAAGUUAUCCAGUCUCUACUGAGAUAUCUCCUGGUUGGUAAGGUAUGGACAGAUUUUUAGGAUCAGGAAAUGAGGUGAUGAGAGUCAGCCUCCAGCUAUUCUGUUUUCACUUAGUAAAAAGAUGUGGCUUUUUGGGGGGUUCAGAAUGUCAAAAGUUUCUAGUAAAUGACCAUACUUGCUAUAGUGUUGUAUCCCUUUUUAGAUCAAGGACAAAUUUGGAGAAAGACAUAAUUCAAGUUUAAAUCACUUUCUUUCCAUUGCUUCUUUUAUGUGUUCUUUUUAUCCUUUAAAUCUAAUCCAUGGCCCCUGUCCUAUCAUUAAUACCCCAAUUACAGAACAAUUAAAGUAUAUGAAUACAUAUUUGGAGUAGCUUUAGGCUGAAAACAUAAGGGAAUCUUAUAUUGUGAUCAUUAUAAACUGCCAAUUCACCUGUGAUCUCCUUUUGGCUUUUGUGAGUACUACUUUUGUGAGUAGUGAGCUCUGCUUGUGUGUUUUCCAAACAUGCUAUGUAAAUACUUCUGAUUACCUUAAGGACAGAUAUAUGUAUUUCCUCUUCACUCACCAUUUGGUACAAUAGAUAUUUCCCAGGAUAAUGGACUGUCUGCUUAUGGUUCUGCCUCCCCACAUGGAGAAGGCAAAAUUGAAUUUUGCUUGAGAAACCCAUGUUUAUUAGAAGCAUUGUCCCUAGCUCUGAUAGCCUUCUUCUCCAGUUUAGACUUAGGAGAAAUUUGGGUAAAAGGGCUUAUCGUUGUAAGUUAAAUGAAUAUUGUGCUAUUAUACUUUAACCAAGUAUUCUACCCUUCUUAAGAAAGCACUUCCCCACCCCUAUCCCUAUUCUAUACAAAGAAUCAAAUUUCUUUCACCCCCAGUAAGGCUUGGAAUCUGGAAUGUUCCAUGCUUGACAGAUAAUCCAACUUCAAUGUCUGCUGCUGACUUGGCUGGUAACUCUACAGACCCAGAACAUUAUACAACAGUUUUGGUGAUUUAUGGAAGUUUGACGAGUUAGGCAUAGAAACUUCAUGUGGGCCUUUGUUUAGACAUUUUCCAGCAGCAACUGAUCUGAAUUCAGUACCCAGCCAAGUCUGAGGGUGCUACCAUUGUAAGAAGUUUCUGGCUGAAGGGCUCAUUUGGUUGGAACAUGGUGCUAAUGAGCUCUAGAUCCUAGGCUCUAACCCAUGUGCAGCCAUUUAGCUCUGUGGGUUCGGGCAUGGUGCUAAAGAACUGUGGUUACAUGGUUUCAAUACCCCACGUGUCCUUUUACAAAGACUGCACCACUCACCCUAGCCACUCUUUUACCUAACAACAUUUAUCAGCCACCUGGAAGGCCCAGGAAAACUGUUGUGUAAAUAUUACUGCAAAAUUUGUUUUCACUUCUGGAGACAACAGUUUAUAGUACAUCCCUUACUGGCUGUGUGUUAGUAGUGUCAAAUAAUUAGGAAGACAUCACUUUUGAAAUGUUUAAAUGAACAAAGAGCAUAGCAGAAAUGACUGACAAGAAUAAUUGCUAAAUUCUCCCCUUUUACAAAUUCAAAUGCAUGUGUUACACGUGUUAAAUACCAAGACACUGUAUCUCGGUACAAGGUAGGAUAUUUGGAGAAAUGCUUUGACAAGAGUAAGCUCUACAUGUAGUCUGUCUGAUAUUCAAACUUAACAGGGAAAUUUGGAGUGGGGAAUUCCUCUUUUGGCAUAGUUAUCUGGGAUGCUGGUAAUCAUGUUUUGGUCACUGUAUAUGUGACAUACACAUUCUUUCUCACGUGUUUUGAGCUUAUAUACUCUUUCAGUGUAAAAUUCUGUGUAUCUUAUGAGUUAAGGUAUCUUUCCACACUGUCACAUGUAAUUCUAAAAAUGCAUAUGGACAGUAGCAUAAAUAUAUAAGUACAUACACGUAUACAGUAUAGCAUAUUAGCACACAUAAUCUACCACAACUUUCUUGAUUCUAAAGAAUGUCAAAAUAUCUAGAGUCUGAGGCAAAGUUUCACUGAUGGACAUACUGUUGUCAUCUACUACACAUGGUGAAAAAAAGGAAAUACACCAGAUACAAUCUAUAUGAGAUUAAAAAUGACGUUGUUUAGUCUGAUACUUCUUCUUCACAGACUUGUAUGUGUCUAUUUCAAACUUAUUUCCCUUAUAAUAGUGAUAGUAAUAUCUUGUGUGCGACUUUGUAUAUAAUUCUCAAAAUAAGAUCUUAUGAUAUUUAUCAACAAGUGUUCAUUUUCAAGAUUUUACUCUGCAUUGAAAAACUAAACACUGUUGGGGGGGAUUAUACAAAGUUUCAGCUUCAGAUAUGUAGUUCUUGCAGUUUAGAAUAUGCUUGUUAAUAAAGAAAAACGGAGUGUUAUCUGGCUGCUCAAGGUGCACAUGGAGGAAACAGUGUAGAUUAGCCUGGUGAGAUUUUCAUGACUUAAUAUAUGCAGGCCCCAGUGAAAGUAGCUGUGAGCAGAUUUAUGCAAAUUAAUGUAUGUUAAUUGGAUUAGUUGAAAUGUAACAUCUAGAAUGAAUUUCCUGUUCUUUCGUGAUGAGACCUCCUGGAAAUAAAGUUUUCCAGUUUAUUUUUAUAGAAAGAUCUUAGAAGGCACUUAAUAGAGAGAUCCUGUGCCUCAUGGCUUUGGAUUUACAGGAUUUUCCAGUCAGUGGUAGGAAGGCUGUGUUAAAAGUUGGGAAAGUGAAUACUGAAUUUGUAGUUUUAUAAAAGAGGCUGUCACUCCUUUUGUAUCUGUAACUUAAUGCAGAGGACAUUCUGUGUAAAAACUAUUCAGAAAUAAAAAUAUCUAAAUACAAAAAAAAAAAAACAGAAAAAAAGUCUUUAAACGUAGAGUCUAUAUUGUAGUUAGUAAAAUUUUAUCCAUCACCUGGGUGAGCAGUAUCCCUCCCCCUUGAACUGGAACUGAACUUGAUGAUACUUUAAUGGCUUUCAGCUUUUCAGCUUUGCUCACAUGUUUCGUGAAACUAUGAAAAAUAUCCAAAAUACAUGUACAUAGGCGUAUUACACACUUGCUACUUGAUUCAAACCUAGCAGUGAUAUGGACUGUGUGGAACUGACACCUUCUGGGAGAAAGACUGUGACACUGUCAAACUCUACUCAAAUGACAGAGGAAACGAGGCUCCCUGAAGUGAUAUUGAUGAAUUACCUCUUGAAAAAAGGAAUGAAGGAAGUCUUACCAUGCUACAACAGGAGAAUGAACAUUAUUCCUACCAUUAUGCUUGUUACUUAUUUACUUGUUUCUGUUGCUUUAAAUAUUAUCUACUAAUGUUGUUAUUUCUCUCUACCCUAAUUUAAUGUUUGGCUAUGUAUUCUAUACCGAAGAGAGGAAGGGCCAAAGGGGAAGGGGUAUUGUGGUUGUAGGGGUAUGGAACUAGUAGUAGAUUAAGACAUAUAUAUUUACAUAAAUGUGUACUAAAUAAAACUAUUUGUU